CUUCCUGCACGGUUUCGAGACAUUCUUCCUCAGCCACCGCUCCCAAACAUGGCCGAGUCAGCUGCUCUGUUGUCCACCCCAGAUCUAUCACCCACUUCGGAUACAGGAUCACUGCUGUCACGCACCCUCCAAUUCUUUCUCACACUUCCCAAUACUUUUGGACUUUCACGUCGAUAUUAUGGCAAUAAACUACCGACCCAUGACCCCGAAGAGGUCAUAACUUUGGAGAACCUCACUCUCACACCGUUGGACCAAGUCAGUCGGGAUCUCGACACCUCUGCUCAUGCAAUGCAGCACGCUGGUGCCAACCCUUUCUAUCCAUAUCCAAAUCAAUCAUCAUUUCUCCUGGGCAAGUGGUAUUGGAACGGCGGUCUCCAGAAGUCCCAAAAAAUCUUCAGGGAAUUAUUGCAGAUUAUCGGUGAUGCUCAGUUUCGGCCAGAAGAUAUAUCUGCUACGCGGUGGAACUUAAUUAAUCAUAAACUUGGAUCUAGUUCCGAAGACACAGGAGUGCAUACUAUGCCAUUCGAAGGUGCUGGGUGGAAGAACGCUGCGAUCAAUAUCAAGGUACCCAUUCAUAAGCGUACGGACAACCCUGGCAUUCGCGACUACCUGACCGCAAAUUUCUUUCACCGAUCACUUGUAUCCGUUAUUCGUGAAAAAAUCAAGAAUCAAAAACACGACGAACUAUUUCAUUAUCAGCCAUAUGAAUUGCUUUGGAAUGGAGGACCAACGAAGAAACCCAUCCGCGUUCACGGGGAACUAUAUAACUCCGAGGCCUUCAUUCAAGCGCACCGCGAACUUCAAGAGUCCCAACCUGAGCCUGGAUGCGAGCUAGAGCGGGUCAUUGUUGCUCUCAUGUUUUGGUCGGACUCAACUCACCUAACCUCCUUCGGUAAUUCAAAACUCUGGCCCUGUUAUAUGUUUUUCGGGAAUGAGUCGAAGUAUCGAAGGUGUAAGCCUUCUUGUCGUCUAUGCAAUCACGUCGCCUACUUCAACCAUCUUCCAGAUAGCUUCAAGGAUUUCGCCACAGAGCACUUCGGUGGCAAAGGCCCUGGCACUGACUUUAUGGCACAUUGCCACAGAGAAUUAUUUCACGAACAAUGGAAGGUUCUGCUGGAUGACGAAUUUGUAGAAGCAUGUAAACACGGAAUCGUGAUACAUUGCUGUGAUGGGAUUGAACAUCGCUUCUACCCCCGGGUUUUCACCUAUUCUGCUGACUACCCGGAAAAGUGA